AUGUCGACCCCAAUUACCACCGCACAAUGGCGCCAGCUGUACCGCGAGCUCCUGCGUGCUGCCCCGCGCACGGUGUCGAACCAUCGCCCCACGAGCCGGAUCCUGGCCACCAAGAUCCGACAAGGCUUUACUGAAAACACAUCCACCGACAACACGCACAGCGAUCUGGCUCUCCUGUAUACACGAGGCUACAACACCCUGGCGUUCCUGAAACUGGCACGCGAGUUGGGAUCGGUGGAGCGAAAGCUUGUGACAUCGAUCGUGCAAGUGUACAAGGACCGGAAGGCGGCAGAUGAGAAGCCGCCGAUCCACAAGAAGAAAUGGCAAAAGCACCAGAAGCAGGUGUACGAUGAGACAUUUGGAGAGUAUGACCGUGUGUUGGAGAGCAUUGAGCGGGAUCUGGAGAUUAUUCUGCCCAGGGACCGGUUCGUAAGGUCGCUCGAGUGGAUCCCAAAGCUGGACAACCUGCACAAGGGCGACCCGCUCGUCGAGAACGCUUCGACGGUUGAAAAAUAG